AUGAAGGUCUUCCCCCACUUUGGCGAGGAGCAGACGUUCAGUCUGUCCGAACUUGCAAGCGCAGUGGAACUCAUCCGCACUCAAAAUGCCAUCAUGGAUGCCCACCAUGUGGGUAGUGAGACUCAGCUCUUGAGUGGGCGCUGCCCUACUUGUGGCACCGACAUCCAGAUACCUUCACCUCCAGAAGAUGAGAGUCCAGCGCUCUCAUCUCCUGCUCCUGGUGUUAUCGUCAACCCGACUCUGUCCGCUACAUUGACUGCCAUUUCCACUAUUCCAGCUGCUCAGGCUCCUUCCACUGCUCCAGAAGUUGGAAGUGCAGCAAGCGCUGGACUCCCUACCUCUGCUCCGGCCGCUGUGGGCCCCAAUCCCCCAGCUGCAGCUAGACUCCCUACCGUUUCAGCCACUCAAACGGCUUUGGUUCCUCAGACCGCUCCAGUUCAUGAGACUGCCGUGGUUUGCGCUACUGCUGCUGGCACAUCUUCCUCGCGCUGGUACGUUGUCACUGUGGGGCGCAAAACGGGUGUCUUCCAAGGCUGGCACAACGUCCAUCAGCAUGUGAUUGGUGUCCCAGGCGCUUGCUUUGCACGCCACUCCAGCCUUGCUGCCGCUCAGGCUGCAUAUUCCGAGGCCGUCAACGAUGGUGGGAUCAUGGAGGUGCCGCUCUAG